CUCAAAGUCUCUUAAACCAAAGAAAAGAGCUGAUAAUCACCUUGUUUUCUUUCCCCUCUUCUUUAACCCUUCCUUUUACAAAGCUUUUGAUUCACCAUUAAAAUGGCUGUAAGCUUCCCAAUUCCAUCAUACUUCACAGCUAUAUUCAUUAUAAGCCGUUUGAUGUCCAUCAUAGGGAUAUCAAAGCAUUGGAACAAUAAGCUUCUCCCCCCACUUGAUAACAUUACAGACAAGCUCUCCCUUGACCCUUCCGCCAUUGAAUCAGCUUCUCAAGAUUUCGGUCACAUUGUAAAAUCCAUCCCCAAAGCUGUUCUUCAACCUUCAUCCAUUGUUGACAUUGCCUCCCUCAUAAAUUUCAGCUACAACAGUUCGAUUCCCUUUACUAUUGCAGCCAAAGGGCAUGGCCAUUCGGUGAGGGGCCAAGCGAUGGCCAGCGAUGGCGUCGUCGUCAACAUGACUUCGAUGAAAAAGUAUCGGAACGGGACCGGAAUCUGGGUCUCGAACGAUGGGGUUUAUGCAGAUGUUGGCGGUGAACAGCUUUGGAUCGAUGUGUUGAAUGCUACGUUGAAACAUGGUGUUGCACCUGUUUCUUGGACAGAUUAUUUGUACCUUACCGUAGGUGGAACACUCUCUAAUGGUGGAAUUAGUGGUCAAAGCUUUCGUUAUGGUCCUCAAAUCAGUAAUGUUUAUGAAAUGGAUGUUAUAACAGGAAAAGCUGAGAUUGUGACAUGCUCUCCAAAUAAGAAUUCAGAGCUAUUUUAUGCUGCUCUUGGAGGUUUAGGCCAGUUUGGAAUAAUAACCAGAGCAAGAAUCCCACUUGAGCCAGCACCAAAAAGGGUUAAAUGGAUAAGAAUGUUGUACAAUGAUUUCACAGCUUUUACUAGAGACCAAGAGCUUUUAAUCUCCAUUAAUGGAAGGCAUGACAGUCAUGCAUUGGAUUAUUUAGAAGGUUCGCUUUUAAUGGAUCAUGGUUCACCAGAUAAUUGGAGAUCAUCUUUUUUUCCACCCAAACAUCACCCAAAAAUAACCUCUUCGAUUACCAAUCAUCGCAUCAUUUAUUGUCUUGAAGUUGUCAAGCACUAUGAUGAUCAAACUCAAAACACUGUGGACAAGGAGUUGGAACAGCUUUUGAAAGGUUUGAGCUACAUGCCUGGAUUUAUGUUCGAAAAAGAUGUGUUAUAUGCAGAAUUCUUGAAUAGAGUCCUAAGAGGAGAGCUGAAAGCUAGGUCAGAAGGGUUAUGGGAUGUUCCUCAUCCAUGGUUGAAUCUUUUUAUACCCAAAUCUCAAAUUGAAGGUUUCAAUGAUGGUGUUUUCAAGGGCAUUGUCCUUGAACGAAACAUUACUACAGGACCAGUCCUUGUUUACCCCAUGAACAGAAAAAAAUGGGAUGAUAGGAUGUCGGCUGUUAUACCAGAUGAGGAGAUUUUCUACACAGUGGGGUUCUUGCAUUCAAGUGGAUUUGAUGAUUGGGAAGCUUUUGAUGAUCAAAAUAAAGAAAUAUUGAAGUUUUGUGAAGAUGCUGGCAUUGGGGUUAAACAAUAUCUUCCUCAUUUCACUUCUAAGGAUGAAUGGGUUCAUCAUUUUGGUUCAAAAUGGGAAACUUUCCAGCAGAGAAAAUUUCAGUUUGAUCCAAAAAUGAUAUUGUCACCAGGACAAAGAAUUUUCAAUAACAAUUAAGUCCUUUCUCUUCUUUUUUUCUUUUCUAGUUUUUAUUGGCUUUCUAGGGGUUAAAUGUAGUGUAAGUGUAUAACUCUUUGAGUUUAGCAUAUAUAUUAUUUUUCAGAAGUUUGACACAA